AUGGUAGGUCAGCUCCACGACGCUAUGACGGCGCGCGUCACAAACAAUGGCUCAAUCUCUGAGGCAUUCGCAGUGACCAAUGGAAUGAAACAGGGCAGCGUCCUCGCGCCUACCCUCUUCGGUCUCAUGUUUUCUGCCAUGCUGAUGGAAGCCUAUCCUGAUGCGCGCCCCGGGAUACGCAUCGCCUACAGAACUGACGGGCAUUUUCUUAACAGCAGGUACAUGCAGACCUUCCCGCGACUAUCUGCUAACACUGUCCACGACCUGCUCUUCGCCUACUACUGCGCGCUCAACACCACGACCGAAGAAAUCAUGGGAUGGAGCGUGGACCUCCCCGCCGCCGGGUGCGCCUGUGGCAGUUCGCGUCUCCUUACUCUCCGCCUUUGUUACGCUGCCUUUCUGUCCGCCUCACACUCCCUGCCGAUCCGCUGCUGGGACGCGCGAGGCUUGUCACUAGCCUCGCCAGUGCUCAUAGUCAAUCAGCGCUGUCCCUCCUCUGAUUGGCUGGCGGACGCCGAGACAACGAAAGGCGCACACACGCGCUGGGUCUGA